CCGAAAACAAAACAAAAAUUAAAAUGAAACCAUACCCUCUCUGACUUACUAAGAUGACAAGAAAUGCAUACAUCUCACACACGUUCCUGGAUGAAAAGUCUUACACUAAUCGAUGUUGAAAGAUAUAUUUAUUCGGCGCCCUUGUCGGUCAGUGUGUUACGUGGUAAAGUGACAUCGGUUUUGUCUACGGGUAUGCAUCUUCAUAAUAUGAAUAUUAGCCACAGAUUGUUUUUGUAAACUCAGUUUGCAAGUCACUGAAUUUUAGUCAAAUAGUUCACAGUUAGCUGUGAUAGCUACAGCUGUGAGAUCCACUGGCAAAUUAGCCCAUCUGACUAAUUAAAAAAUAGGGCUGUGAGAAAACCGGAGACAAAAAUAUUUUCCUGCUGACAAACAAAAAUUGCUAAACCGAAUUUCUACGUUUCUAUAUCUAGGUUCAAAAGAAUGUCCAUAGUUCAGAGCUUAAGGAAUGCAAAAAAAGUAGUGGUCAUGUUGUGUGCAAGAUAUCCUUGAUAAGUAACUGGAAUGUUUUCUUGCCUACAGCUAAUCAAUGCCGUUUAUCAGGACUUCCAAUCUGCACAUACUUUAAUAUCAUACUUAGUAUCGGAGAUUAAACAGCUAGCAAAAAUUGAAGCUAAAGCAGUACGCGCUGUUCGUAUCGCUUUUGUUAUCCUAGCUUGUUUAUUGUACUUGUUGAUAGAGUGCAAUAUUAGUAAUAGCUUAACGUUGACAGCAUUUACACAUUUGUUGAUAUUCGACUUAUUAUCGGUUAUUGUCGCUCUAAUAAGCUUUUGGACUAACAGAAAAAAAGCCUCCGUUGAAUCGUAUAGCUUGGGGUAUGAAAGAUUUGAAGUAGUUGCCGUUUUCGCUUCCACUAUCUUGGCUAUUCUUCUAUCGUUUUUCGAAAUAAAAGAGGCUGUCGAACGGAUAUUUGAACCUGCAGAGAUCUCUUCUAAUCAUAUGCUUACGCCUUGUUUAAUAGCGUUUGGUGUUCAUCUUCUUUCAAUUUAUGGAGUUGAUAAUAUGGCUUUUGCACAUGUUAUCCAAGCUUGUGGAUCAAGUUGGUUACAAGAGCAUACGACUGAUAUAAGCCGGACAAUCUGUCGAAUUAUUCCCGGGUUAUCACGUGUUCUUUUGCCACGAGUUAACCCGAUCUCACUGAUUGGUGUAACCACAACUACAACGGUCUGUAUUGUUUAUCUUAUCUUAAUCAAUAUGUCAAAAACGUCACAACACAUAAACUUCCCAGACCCUUUGCCUGAUACUUUGGGUGGAAUGAUAAUUUCCCUCAUGUUAUUUGGAACAAUGAUGCCUAUGAUGCUGUACAGUGGGAGGAUACUACUUCAGACGACACCCGCUCACUUAGUUAGCCCCUUGGAUAAAGCGCUUCGAGAAGCCUCUACAGUUGAUGGUGUUCUUGAGCUGCAAAAUGAGCACAUAUGGUCGAUCGGAUACAAUGACCUUGCAGGAAGUUUGUAUGUUCGUGUUCGCCGGGAUGCUAAUGAGCAGUUGGUCCUAGCACACGUAACCAACCGUCUUUCCAGCUUGGUAAAAUAUUUAACAAUACAGGUUUAUAAAGAUGACUGGACGCGAGCAACAAACUCGUUCAUCAUGAAUUGGUCACCCGCAAACAACGCACUGUAUAACCAGAACAUUCCUGGUACACAAGUUAGACCUGAUCUAAAGCAUAGUCUGCCAUCAUCUUUACCUGCAUCAGCCUCACAUCACAAAACGCAGGAAAACAGUUAUCAGGAACCUCAAGUUAAUCCUAAUCAUUAUAUCUAUGCAUAAACGUUUAUCUUUUGACAGUUUGUUGAUUGGAGCAAAUUAUCUCUUUUACACAAACUAACAUGGUUGAGUAUUUCACUUUUAUUGUUGUAUUAACAUAUUGAAAAAUAUUUUCGAAAAAUUAUAAAAAGAGCAGCUUAUUUCAAAGUUAUUAUCUGGUAAUUUGGAUUAGUUUUAAUUUCGUUUGAUCAAAUUUCCAACGGGAGGAACAGAUAACUUAACAGAUUCUGAGGAUGUGUCAUGGGGUUGAACGUUGGAAGGAAUACCUGUGUCCCAUUUACUUGGUUUCUUCGGUUCUGUAAAUUAAAAGUAUGAUAGGCUUAUAAUUUGAAUCAAGAAUACAAAGUUACAUGAAAAGGAUACUGAGUUUUGAGUUAUUUGCAAUAUCAACCUGACAUUAUGAUCAUUGUGACUAGUAGAUUUUACAACACUCAAACCACAUUUUUGAAGAGCUGUGUUUAUUGAUUACUAUUCUAAUUAUAAAACUCAUGAAUAGGUUAUGCGGUUUUGGAUGGAAUUUGGUCAUUCAACGUUUAAUAAUGAAGUUACUUUGUGCUUUUGGAGAGUAUCGUUUUUUUUUCGGUCUUUAAAAAUAAACGAAAAGGGUUGUCUUUUGACUAGCGAAAUUUAGAUUUUUGAUCGAUACCCUUAUUUUUAAAGAAUUUUGCUCAUUUAUCUUCCUUCAAGUAAUUAUAGCUUGUGCUAUAAUCCCAGAAAAUACAUGAAGCCAUAAGUUCCUAGUUCCUAAAUUGAAUGAAAUGUCACUGAUGUUACAAUCAUAACUACACUUUAAUCCUUUGAUCUGAAUCAAAAUCGUUCAAAUUUGAGAGUAACUGAUGUGAGAUUUACAUUCAUUGUUCGCUUUAUCAAUGAUACCAGAAGUUAAGAGUCUAUUGAAAAAUCUUACAUUUCGUUUUAUGAUGAUACUUGCUUCUUCAAUAGUUGUAAGUCAAUUCGCUAUCUUCACUAAUACAAUGUAGUUUUAUUCAGUGGAUUUACAAAGGUUAUUUCAUGAGUCUUCCCACUCUUCUACACCGAAAUAUAUUUAAUGGAUCCGUAAUUGUUAAAAAAUACCAGUUUACAAUGAAUAAAAAUAUCGUUCUUUGAAAUACAGUCAGAGCAAGGACGUCAAAGAUUGGUAGAAAUCAGACUGGCAAUUUCUAAGACGCAUAAUGGAAACACAAGCGGUAAAAAGGUGUAAGGUUCCCUUCGAAGUAGUCUUUAUUCAUAAAUCUAUAUAAACAAUGAAAAGGUUUUUUGCUGCUACACAAGAUUUAUAACACAAAGAAUGAAAUUUUAUUAACUACAUUGUAGGAAACGUUCUUUAGGUACAAUCUAUUACUUUGUAUAUAAUGAAGGCUUCCUUCGAGGGUUUGAAAAUGUACGUGAAACACAAUUCACGCCUACAAUACACAUCUCUAGGCCUUGAGUACUGGUUUUGUAUUCAAUUUACGACACAAUAUAAUAUACUAAACUGACCAUUCUAUAUAACAUCCUAGAAAUUAUAUACGAGAUUGUGUAACAUGUUAUCUUAAAAACAGAGAAGAUGACUUCAAAAAUGUAGUUGGUUAUUGUGAUUUCGAUCUCAAUUAUUAGUGUCAGAUUUUUUAUUUCCACCCUUAAUUUCAGGAUGUGUUGAUAAGGCAAAAGUGAACAUGAAAUAGAUUCUUUUACGAAGAACAUUUAUAAAGCGAUUAACUCAUUCGAAG